AUGGUGUGCGGGUUAGUGAGCAAGACUCCGAUUGGCCGGGCAACGGAGGUGGAGAUGUCCUGGAAUAGGAGUGGAUGUUUCCUGUUAGCCAAGCAGUCUGGUGCUGUGGACGUAACGGGCAAGAGUUACUACGGCACGAGUAAGUUGCAUCUGAUUCAGGUGUCGGUAGCGGCGGGUCAGAAGGAGCCAGUGGAGUUGGGUCAGGUGCGAUCUGUGGCAACGAAUGUGCAGUUCUGGUCCUGGAAUGCGGUUCAGAACAACAGCUUUUUCGUUGGACACGGACCGUUGCCGUGUGUGAUGGAGGUAUGGAACGCAGUGGCAUGCAAGCCGAGUAUAAAGUUGGGUGAGGAGCGGCGGAACUUUUUGCGAUGCUGUCACUCACUGCCACUGCCACCCGCCACGGAGCCGGGUAGCAAGCCAGAUCGGCGUGCCAAGUUGGGGCUAAAUAUGGCGGUCAUUGGCGGCUUCGGAAACUUGCCGGGCGAUGUGGAGGUAUGGGACAUUAGCAAGCAGGAGAUCAUCGGACUCACCAAGCUGCCCUGGACAGUUGACCUAUCCUUCUCACCAGACGCCUAUUGGCUGCUAGCCAGCACCACCACUCCAAGAUUGCGCGUAGAUAACUGUCUCAAAAUCGUCCGUGUCAAUGGGGAACCCGUUUUGGAAAAAGCAUUUGACGAACUCUACCAAGCCGACUGGCGACCUGUACCUGUACAGCAUGCUCGUGCACUCUCCCCCGGACGCGGCGUCUACAAACCCAAGGCGAAUAAUACCCUUGAAGGCCUCUUCAAAACCAAAAAGGAAACCUCCUCUGGCCUCUUCGGACGAGUCAUGACCGGAACCAACGAAAAACGCAGCCUUACUGCUACCCAACUCGGAAGCAAUGCCACCACACAAACCAAGCCCGCACGCACCGUCCCCGGCAUGGUCCCCGGCAUGACCAUACCCGCAAACAACAACAAAGGUAUCGAUGAAGUCGGAAACGACUGGGCUAGGAUGUCGGAGAUGCAGCUGGCGAAACAGGCGGUCAAGUUAAACCGGCAGCUCCACCGGGCGUACGACAUCAGCCAGAAAGCGGCAAUCAAGGCGCAACUGGACGCCAUUACGGCCGAGUGUGUCCGACGUCGCUCUCAGUCGUCUUGA